AUGGCCUCUUCCCGGUCCCGCUCGUCGUCGCGACCUCCAGUUUCUUCCUCCGGACGCAAGCAACGAGGCCCGGCUCUCUCGAUGAACCUCUUUCGCAUACCCAAAGAUCAACAAGAACUUUUGGAGCGGCCAGAUGCUUGGGCGGAAAGCUCUGCGAGCAACAACAUCGGUUUGGUCAACAUCCCUCCCCAUGUGCUGGAAUCUCUAAGAUACUUCGAAUCUUCCAGGGUCCUGCCACCUGGGGCGCAAAAGCCACUAUCGCCAGGCGCUUCGGCACCAAAGAGCACAGCCGAAGCGAACAAGGUUGGCGAUGGGUCAGCAAAAGAGCCCGACAUCGAUGAGGAAGAUGGCAGUGAAGCAGAAAGCAACGCGUCAGGUGUAUCCUGGUCACCAAGUCCGCCUCCACCACAGGUUCAAAAACCCCAACAAUCUGUCGACCGAAGUGACGGCCAGAGCCAGGCCGAAUCUCCUGCUAGAUCUGUACCUCUCCCAACCUCAUCACCCUCGUACCGAAGACGGUGGUCCCCGAAACCAAAUACGCUUGAGAGGCAGGUGGUUGCCAGCACGGCCUCGAAUGAGAACCCGCAUGCCGUUUUCCAAACACAAGCGCCGUUGUUCGACAUGGGAUCUACUUCAUCUCCCGUAAAAUCUAACAACACAAUGCUCGAGUCACAAGAAAAGGCUCAGGUCCAGUCAAGCCCCAUUCUGACACGAGCGCACCAGGACCUGCCACCUGCUUCAUUCCCACCCAGCAGCCUCGACCAUGAAGAUGACAUGGAAAUGGAAAUACCAGGGGCAUUACUCCACGCCACACCUCCAAUCAACAAGAUAUCGGCGCGAAUCAACGCGUCCCAAGGCAUCGUCCUGGACACGCCGCCUCCAUGCGGACAAGGCAGCGCCGGCCGGCUAACUUCUGCUUCCGCCGGGACACAAGCCAAAAGCGCGAAUCCACCCAGACAACGCUGGAAGAUUCUUCAAUUCAGUGACGGCCCUGAUGUUCCCGCUUCUGCCACGAUCAGCGAUACACCAGCGACGGUAGCCAAGACACAACUGCCAAAGCGCAUCGAGCAUGACCACGGGCAAACUUCUUCAGCAGGCAUCAUUACCUCUACAUUUCCGAACACGGAAGUGAUGGAGGGCCAACAUCUGCCAUCCACUGCCGGGCAAGGUUCAUCCGGGAUACCUACCCCCCAAGUGCGCACUACUGGCUUGUCGUCAACAGCAAACCAAGAAGCUUAUGAAAGAGCGCAAACGGAAACACAUCAACGACAUCAAGUCUUGUCUGCAAGCAUUGCGGGCAAACUAGUCCACGACUUUUCAGCACAGCCAACGACUGAUUCAUUCACUGACGGGCCCGACUUCAGAGAGCGGUUCCUGCUAGAGCCUCUCGAAACGUUCCAGUCAGCGUAUCGGUCGUUCGACGGUAGCCUGGGAGACUUCGUUAGAGCCUGCGUCUCCCUCAAAAGCCUCCGCCGCGAAAGGAGACUCCCUGUGUUUUUGUACGAUGACUUUGUGCGCGUCUUCUGCGACGACUACAUCCAGUACGUUUCUGAGACCGACGAAUCUCGCCCCAUGUAUGCCAUGGAGUGUACAAUGCCAUCCGAGAAGCCCUGGGCCUGUCUCGUUCACAUACACCAAUGA